CUCAUGGGAGUCCGAGGCACUAGGACCCUGCAGGUGCAACUGUGAUUUUUCAGUAAUGUGCAGUGCAGUCGCAUCAGCACAAGCGGUACGGUAGGCUGCAGCAGCGUCCCUGACGCGCCGCGGCUACCCAUCCUCACAUAUAGGACAUUUUAAGGAUUGUUUUGUUGCGAGAUAAAAGUGUUUGUGCGCCGGCUGGAGGACCGGAGUUGGUGACCACCAUUCGGGCGCAACCGAGCUCGCCGUCAUGGCCUCGUCAGUGAGUGGAACGGAGGAAGUGCGCGUGUCGGCGUUGACGCCCCUGAAGUUGGUGGGCUUGGUGUGCAUCUUCCUCGCGUUGUGCCUGGACAUCGGGGCUGUGUUGAGCCCAGCGUGGGUGACGGCGGAUGACCAGUACUACCUGUCUCUUUGGGAGUCUUGUUGGAAGCCUGUUACCUCGGAAUCCUGGCAGUGCAGCAGCACGUUGGAGACGGACUGGCAGAUAGCCACGCUGGCCCUGUUGCUUGGCGGAGCGGCACUCAUUCUCCUCUCUUUCCUGGUGGCUCUGGUGUCCGUUUGUAUUGGAUCAAGGAGACACUUCUACAGACCUGUUGCUGUGAUGCUAUUUGCUGCAGUGGUCCUCCAGGCAUGCAGCUUGGUCCUCUACCCAAUCAAGUUCAUCGAGACCAUUAGCUUGAGAAUAUACCACGAGUUCAACUGGGGAUACGGCCUGGCCUGGGGAGCCACCAUCUUCUCCUUUGGCGGCGCCAUCCUCUACUGCCUGAACCCCAAGAACUAUGAAGACUACUACUAACUAAUCAUCAUUGCUCGACAAAACUAGAAUGCCUUCAGCACGACCCCCGUGUUUCUACUACACUGUUCUUUGACUAUAGAGGCUCAUGCACUGAACUGUUUUUAUUUUAUUUUUUCCCUGUCCCUUUUUUGCCGAACUGAUGAUGUUAUGGACACACAUGCACACACCAACAUUAUGUCACAGACAUAUAUGCCCCACAAAAACAUAUAUGCACACACAACAACACACACACACUCAGAAUCACACAGGGAAUGUGCAGGAUGGUGCAGAUCUUACGUGUGUGGACUUUUUGCGUGGGUGAGUAGGUGAAAGUGUGUUUCACAGUCUUCCAUUUGACACUUUUCACUCAUCCCUGAGAUCUAUCUUGUACUCAUGUCAUUCUAUUAGUCCCAUAUCUCUCACUAAAAUCUAUCAUUCAAUUAAAACGUAUCAUUCCACACAGCUUCUCAAGCUACGCCUGCCUAUCAUUUCUCCCUCUCCUCUCAUUUCGUGUCACUUUAAAACAUUUUCUGUCUGUCGCUCUCUCUUUUCAAUUCCCAGAUUAACCAUAAAUCAUUCUCUGUAAUUACGCUCCAUAAUUUAUUUCUAUCUGACACAUUGCCAAAUAGACAUUGACUUGAAUGAAACUCUGCAAGUAAUACACAGGCGAACGGAGUGAUAACAUUUCAGCGCGUUAGAUAGCAGAAUCCUGCUGGCUGAAAAAUAGAACAAUCAAGACACCACCACAGAAAUGUGUAAGCGUCUGUGAAAAUCAAAGAACUAGAUGUCCUUGUGGAUUAUACAGGGCUAUUGUUGUGCUAUCACGAUAUGUGACUGUACAAUGGGAAAGGCUAUACAUCCAUGGGGUUUUAGAAAAUGAGAAAAUGAGAGACUUCUGAGCAAACGGCGACAGGGUCACUGCAGGAUAGAUAGCCAAUGUGGUUUGUUUCCAUAACAACCUGGUAGUUCUGAACAAUAGACACAGGGGACAACGAGACUGAUGGUGUGAAAGCAUCAUUGAAAGUCCUGAAGGUCUUUUAUUGAAACACUCAAGACGACCCUCAGCAUUAAAUCACAAAAAAACAAACACACCCACUAGGCACAAACAAGACCCCCACAGUCCAGCCCUAAUGGUGUUUGUGGUUUCAGCUAUAGCUAUCAGAUCACUGAUAGAAAGUUGUUUACAUUCUUGUCAUGCUCAGCAUCCCCUCCGCCCAAGCACAUCCUUCUAGCCUGUGGAACACAGCUGAGAAGCUAAGCUAAACCACCAUUGUCACUUAUAACUAACUGUGAGAAUGAACAAAUCUAGCACUCCAAAUGUGACUCCUUUUGACUCAACAUUAGGUUCGCAUAGUAGUAUGGAGAAGUUGAGUGCCAUUGCCCUCAAAUGGUCAGUUGACUUAUCAGUCUCCAUUGUUUAAGCAUCAUGAAAUUUCCCAAAGGCUAGUAGUGGUUUUCACCACCCCUGAAACUUAAAUUGCAAUCUUUUGACUUAAAAUAACAAGCAACAAUUAAUAAUAGGAAGCUUUAGCUCCAAAAUCAUUUCAGUGCUUCAUCAAGUUCGUGACAGGGUGAAAGGCACCUCUGAAUUCGCUUUCUGCUCUCCAAGAGCUAUAGCCUCACCAAGGGGGUAUUCCAAGAACACGGUUAAGUGAUAAACCUGGGCAAGUCCACAGGAAGUGGUUUUACAUUACAUUACAUUAAGCUGACACUUUCAUCCAAAGUGACUUAGUUAUUUACAGGGUAUUGGUUACAUUCCCUGGAGCUAUGUGGGGUUAGGUGCCUUACUCAAGGGCACUUCAGCUAUGGAUGGAGGUGUAGGGAAAGGUCAGGUGGGAUUUGAACCUACAACCCCGAGAUUGAAAGACCAACUCCUUAACCAGUAGGCCACGGCUAAUAGAAAGGCCACAUUUAAAUGAGGACUCCAGGGUCUUCUAUUAGAUGAUUUAAGACUACCUGAAGGUUUACUUAAUCUGGUUUACUACUGAACCAGGUUCUUGGAAUAUCCCACAAGCCAAUUGGAGGAGGAGGUGUAGUAUUGCACUGUUAUUAUCUAUGAUUGACAUUUGACAAUUACGCUUCCAACCUAUAGGGUGGGUGAUCAAAGAUGAAAAAAAAACUACUUGGUAUUGCUUUAAGUUUCUGCUGUGUUUUAGUCCUUUCAGUAAAGUAAAAAGAUCUUGCAUAGGAAGGUAGCAGUUAGCACUGUAUAGCAGGGACGUUGUUGUUUAUGGCUAAGCCUUGGUAAAUAGACUAGAUUCUGAUGUAUAUUUAAAGUUAUUCUUUUCAACAAAUAUCGAUACAGGUAGAUGAAGACAAACCAGAGUUUAGAUAUACCGUUCGUUUAGGCUUGUCAAAUAGAGUGCAUGUGAACGGAAGUGCAAAAGACAGAGUGAUUGUGUGUGUGUGUGUGUGUGUGGGUGUGUGUGUGCGUUUGCGAGUGUAUUUGAUAAAAAAAAGCCCUCUAUGCUCUGUGCGUGCAGUUGUGACGUCUGACGCUCGUUUCGAUACUAACACAAUAAACAGGUGAACUGAC